AUGAAAUACGGAAGUCUUACAAUCGGAAUGACCAUACAUUGUUGGAUCUGCCUUCCGCAACCCGAAGUUCAAGAACGUCGUAUCAAAAAAAGUCGUAUUCAUCCGGGUUACAGCGUCGAUAUCAAUGGAAUUCAGGCAUUUCAUGAUAUUGGAAUAAUUUUGCUUGAUGAACCCGUAAAUAUUACGGAAUUUGUGCAGCCAAUUGAUAUUGGUAAUUUGGAUCCAUUAUCACCUGGAACGAUUUAUGGGUUUGGCAGCAUCAAUGCAACAGAACAAGAAAUUCCUGACACUCUUCGUUCGAGAGAAAUGGAGGUAAUUGAUGAUAUUACUUGCACUUUGAUUUUACGAGAAACAAAGUAUAAAGUUACGAAAGAAUGCCAGAAUUUUUGUAUUAGUACAGCAAGCUGUUGGGGAGACUCGGGCGGGCCAUUUGUGCAAAAUAAUAAACUUGUUGGAAUUAAUUCGUGGGCCGCAGAUGAUAUUCUGGGAUGUAAAACGGAGCCGGGUAUGUUGGUGCGAGUGACGGAUUAUUAUGAAUGGAUUCAUGAGAGCAUUGAAGAUAUGAGAAAUGAAGAACUAAAAUAA